UGUAUGUUUCUGUCAGUUUUUGCUUUGUUGUCAACUAAAUACAGUUCUCUUAUCGAUAUUCAACGUGUAUUUUAACAUUUUUAAUAAUAUCACAAUUCUAAAUAUAUAAUUGAAUUGAUUUUACGAGCAUUUAUAACCAAAAUUUUUCAUUAAUUAUCGUGAUAAAUGUAAUAUUUAUCUCAUCUCGUUAAGAAUCAUCAUCAUCAGUUCAUGAUAAAAAAUCUAUGAACACAUUUCUAGUGGAAAAAGAAAAUAUAAAGAUCAAUGUUUAGCUACUCAGGAAGUUUUAUGAAUAAAUUGUCAAGAAUGUCAAAUAUUAAAUUAGCAAUUAUUAACUACUUAGGAAGAAUCUGAAGACCGACAAGAAUAUAUAAAUAUUUGCAAACGGAGAAUUUCUUUUUAAACAAUGAUGGAGUUAAGUCACAGUUUGACUCUUAAUGAGGAUGCUCUCAAUCAAAUACCUGAAGCAAAACGUCCAGUUUUUGUUUUUGAAUGGCUGCGAUUUUUGGAUAAAGUUUUGAUAGCUGCUCAAAAAAAUGACAUUAAGGGAUGUCAACAAAAAUUAGUGGAACAGUUAACAAAACAUAUGCAAGGAGCGCCAGGACCUCCAACUCGUCGAUUAAUUGCAAGAUGUCUUGCUACAUUAUUUAGUGUUGGUGACACAUUUUUACUUUUUGAUACUGUUAACAAAUGCAAUGAUAUUCUUAAAAAUAAAGACGAUUCUCCAAGUUUUCUCCCUACCAAAUUAGCUGCCAUAUGUUGUGUUGGUUGUAUGUAUGAAAAAUUAGGAAGAAUGAUGGGUCGCUCCUAUGAGGAAACAGUUCAAAUUUUAAUAAAAUCCCUUCGUUCAGCAGAAUCACAAACUCGAAUUGAAAUAAUGUACACUUUGGAGAAAGUUUGCGCUGGGAUGGGAUCGGCAAUUACCAACGUACAUAAAGAAAUUUACAAAGUAUGUCGACAUUGUUUAACUGAUAGAGUUAUGGCUGUUAGAUGUGCCGCUGCGAAGUGUCUUCUUGAGAUGUUGAAUCAUUCACCAUUUUUGUAUACAACAGAAAUUGAAAGUGUUGCAACUCUCUGUUUUCGGGCAUUUGAGGGAUCAAAUUAUGAAGUUAGAUGUUCAGUUGCCAAACUUUUAGGUGCACUUGUUGCAAUGACACAAAUUCCACCACCGAAAGGACAAAAUCCUUCAGCAACUCAGAGUAAAUCAACAAAACAAAUAUCAUUAGAGGAGGUGUUAAAUAUCUUAAUGUCAGGAUUUCUAAGAGGCGGUGUUGGCUUUCUAAAAGGAACUGGAGAAAUAAUUAAAGGCAGUUCCGGUGUUAAUAGAGAAGUACGAGUUGGUGUAACUCACGCUUAUGUUGUGUUUGUUCAAAUAUUGGGCGGUACUUGGCUGGAACGAAAUAUAGGAACAUUGGUGGCACAUGUUUUAGAUUUAGUUGCUAAUCCAAAAGCCGCGAGUUCUCACGUUGAUGCGGUUUAUUCGAGAAAAUGUAUCAAUUUUAUUUUACGUGGAACAAUUGGAAAAUUAUUGGGCGAAGGCGCUCAGGCUGCGGCAUGCAAAGAAAUUGCACAUAUUAUUUUAAAACAAAUGAAUUCAAUUGAUUUUAGUCCGGAAAAUGCAAAAGACUUCAAUCAGGAAACUUUGUUUAGUCAACAUUUAUUGGUUUGUGCUUUGCAAGAAAUGGGUAAUUUAAUUUUAGGCCUUGGCACAACAGCGUCAAAUCUUCUGUCAGAUCAAUCGUUAAAUUUGAUUGAUACUGUGAUGGCAGUAUUGGUUCAUCCGUGUCAGGCAGCUCGACUUGCGGCAGCAUGGUGUUUGCGUUGCAUUUGCGUUGCUGUUCCAAGUCAAAUAACACCAUUGAUCGAUCGUUGUGUUGAAGGAAUUGAAAAUAUGCGAAGUUCACCGGAAGCAAUAACAGGAUAUAGUAGUGCAUUGGCUGCAGUUUUGGGAAGUGUUCGACUAUCGCCACUUGGAGUUCCGCACACAAAAGGAAAGAUAAUUUUCAAUACGGCGGAAGAAUUAUUGAGAAGUGCAAGUCAAAAUAGUAGAUUGUCAUUGAAUAGAACACACGCGGGAUGGCUUUUAAUUGGAGCAAUAAUGACAUUGGGAACGGCAGUUGUUAAAGGAUUAUUGCCAAGAAUGUUGUUACUUUGGAGAAAUUCAUUUCCACGAUCGAGUAAAGAGCUUGAGAGUGAAAAAGCAAGAGGAGAUGCUUUUACAUGGCAAGUGACAUUGGAGGGAAGAGCUGGAGCUUUGUCGGCUAUGCAUAGUUUUCUUUUGCACUGUCCAGAACUAUUAAAUGACGAUAUCACAAGAAGAUUACUUACGCCAAUUGAAUCUGCUCUCGCUAUGCUUACAAAUUUAUCAACUGUAUUGAAAAGCUACGGUCAACAAUUGAAAGCUCCAGCUGCAAUGGUUCGAUUACGUCUCUAUGAAACUCUAUUGUUGUUACCGUCGCAGACGUUUGAAGGCUCCUAUACGCAUUUAUUGAGAAUGUUGGUUUCGGAAUUCACUUUGACGGAUAAUUCAGGAAAUACAACAACUUCAAUGCUUCGUGCUGUUUGUCAUGCAAAUGAUUCUGUCAUUCUUGGUACCUGGCUACAAGAAACUGAUCAUCGAACAAUUGAAGAUCAAAUGGAACCAAACAGAAGAGCCGAUUUGGAACAUUUGCAGCCAAAUAGUGCGGCAGGUUCAGGUGCUCUUGAACAUAAUUCAUGCUGUUUGUAUCGACCAGUUCCACCCAAUGAUUCAAUUCCUGGUCCUUUACCAUUGGGCGUUGCAGUUAUCGAUCUUUCUGUUUCACUAUUUGGACAAAUUUUUCCACGAGUGGCAAAUAAACAUAGAUUACAAAUGUUGGAUCAUUUUAGUGAAUGUAUUAAACAUGCAAAAUCGGGUAGACAAGAAGCUAUUCAAAUGAAUAUUUUCACUGCUGUUCUCAGUGGAUUAAAGGGACUCAAUGAAGCAAAAACUGGAUUUGGUCAAGAGGAUGUUAAAAAAUCAGCGACAAAUAUUAUUAUUAGUACAUUAAUAAGUAGCAAUGCAAUAUUGAGAUGGGCUGCAGGCGAGGCUGUGGGAAGAAUGGCACAAGUGAUUUCCGAUCCGAAAUUUACGGCCGAAUUGGCACAGACAAGUUUCGAUAGAUUGAAAUCAGCACGAGAUGUUGUUAGUCGAACUGGUCAUUCCUUGGCAUUGGGUUGUCUUCAUAAAUAUGUCGGUGGUAUGGGAUCUAGUCAGCAUCUUAAUACGAGUGUCAGUAUUUUAUUGGCACUCGCACAGGAUAAUUCAUCACCUGUUGUACAGGUUUGGUCAUUGCAUGCACUUGCUUUAAUUGCCGAUUCGGGAGGACCAAUGUUUAGAGGCUACGUUGAACCAACUUUAUCAUUGGCUUUGACUCUUUUAUUAAAUGUUCCACAUUCUUAUAUUGAUGUUCAUCAAUGCAUUGGAAAAGUUCUCUCUGCCCUCAUCACUACAAUUGGUCCAGAACUUCAAGGAAAUACAUCUUCGAUUUGUAUGGCGAGAUCAUCAUUUUUGUGCGCUUGUGCUAUAAUGCAAGAUCAUCAGGAUCCUCUUGUUCAAGCUGAAGCAACUGGAUGUUUGCAACAAUUGCAUUUAUUCGCUCCAAGACAUGUUAAUCUUUCAUCUUUAGUUCCUACUCUAUGUCGAACAUUGUCGAGCAAUCAUUUGCUUUUGCGAAAAGCUGCGAUCUCAUGUCUGAGACAAUUGACACAACGAGAAGCAAAAGAAGUUUGUGAACAUGCAAUGACACUUGCCAAUGAAAGUCGAGAUACAAAUAUUGUGGAAGGUCUCGUAAUAACAGAAACUGGACUUCCUGGUGUUUUAUUCAGUAUGCUGGAUACCGAAAGCGAUAGUCAAUUAAUUAAGGAUAUUCACGAUACUUUAACAAGUAUGCUGCAAAUUUUAGCGGCUGACAAUUUAUCCCAAUGGUUAUCACUUUGCAAGGACGUUUUGACAGUAGCAACUGAGUCGAGUACAGUGGAGGAAGUGACAAAUGUUAAUAAUGAGGAAACAAUCGCAGACAAUGAGAAUGUUGACGCUGAAGGUGAUGACGAUCAGGUGGAAUUUCACGCUGAUGAAUCGUCUAAACAGCGACAAACAGUUCAACCAAGAUGGCCAACAAGAGUGUUUGCUGCACAAUGUGUUCGACGAAUUGUCGCCGCUUGUAUGAUUGAUCGACAAGCACAUUUGGAUUUAUCGUUGGCUAAAGAAAUGCAAUCAAUUAAAGGCAGAAGUGAUUUUCUUGUUUUACAUCUUUCUGAUCUUGUGAGAAUGGCAUUUAUGGCAGCGACAAGCGAUUGUGAUCCACUUCGUCUUGAGGGUCUUAAAACAUUGCAGGAAAUUAUUGAUAAAUUUGCCAAAGUUCCUGAACCUGAAUUUCCAGGUCAUCUUCUCUUGGAACAAUUCCAGGCACAGGUCGGUGCCGCAUUGAGACCGGCAUUUUCGUCGGAGACACCACCUCACGUGACAGCGGCGGCUUGUGAGGCUUGUAGCGCAUGGAUUGGCAGUGGAGUAGCGAGAGAUCUCAAUGAUUUGCGACGUGUUCAUCAAUUAUUGGUAUCGUCGCUUGAAAAAUUGCGAGAGGGUCACACACUACCGCAAUUGUAUAAUGAGAGUUUAUCCACACUUGAGAGACUUGCGAUAUUAAAAGCAUGGGCCGAGGUUUAUGUCGUGGCAAUGAUUAAUGAAGGAUCAGCUCCUGAUUAUCGAGAAGACGCACUGAGAAAUGUGAAACAAAUCAAAGAAAACGAGGAGGAGGAGGCUUUCGGUGAAUUUGAAUUUCAAAACGAAAGCCUUUUGAGUUUAGUGCAACCGGAACUAUUAAGUUUGAGUCAGUAUUGGCUAUCAGCAUUAAGAGAUCACGCUCUUCUUUCACUUCCGCCAGAAUUUUCGAGUCAAUUGCCACACGAUGGUGGUGCUUUUUACACAACUGAUACAAUGGAAUCUGCACGUCCUUAUUAUUCGGAAUCUUGGGCUCCUAUUCUUUAUGCUGCAACACUUUGGUUAAAUGCAAGGGAAUUUAAAAAAGAUGAAUCACUUGAUUCUUAUAAUAAAAAAUCCGAUGGAACAAAUAAUAAUAGCUCGAGUUCAACUACUUCAUCCAGUAAACAGAGUAAAAAUAUUGAACGUUUCCAUUUACUUUUUGGUAUUUGUAUGGAAGCACUUUGCAGUCCCAGGUCUUCCGAGUCGACGCAAAAUAUUGAAACUUGUUUGAGUGCUUUAUAUACAUUGCUCGAUUCACAAUGGGCUCGUAAAGUUUUAAUGACUGAUCGUUCGUUGCCAAUAGAACUUUGUAAUGUCCUCCAUAGAUUAUUGUUAACAAGAGAAAAUUAUACUAUUCAAAUAAUGACAAUGGAAGUUUUGAAACAAAUCAUGAAAUCAGCGCAAGAAGAUCUUGUUGAUAGAAAAAAGACAAAUAAAUUGGAAUUAGCGUCAAAUAAUGAGGAAACAAAAGAAAUUCCCGAACUUGAUUUAAUUGGUGAAGGCGAUGAGAAAGGGGAAUUAAUUCCUGGAAAAUCGUUAGUUUUUGCAGUACUUGAAGUAUGUUUGUGUCUUUUAGUUCGACAAAUACCGGCAUUAAAUCCAAAUCCUGGUGGUACAACUGCUAUUUUAUCACAACGACGUUAUACUCCUUCGGAGAAAAGUGGCAAACUUAUUGCUUCCACACUUUCCAUUAUGGAAAUUCUUCCUAAUCUUUGUUCUCCAGCUGGAGCAACGGCAAUUCUUCCAACUUUGCUUUUCUUAACGACUGGAGUUAUACGAGAAACAGCGAUACGAACGAAUAAUGAUAUUAUUAGAACAGGAUCGGAGACUCCUGUUCAUGCUGCACUUCAUUGUUUAAAAACAUUGACUGUUAAUAAAUAUUCAAAAGAUUCACGCAGUCAGAGACAAUGGACUUCACUUUUACAAAGCGCUCUUGCCAAAAUUAUCGAUCUCGCAAAAACAGGGAGCGAUGAAACAAAAAUGGAUGAGGUUGCAAUGAUGUUAGGCAUUGCGGUAUUUGUUCUUCACGCAUUACCGGAAGUUGUGAGCGCUCCCAAUUUGCAAUUUCCCUGUAUCAAUCAUUUUCGACAGGCAAUGCAAUCGGAAAAUAUUUCGAUUAAAUUGAAAUGCGUGCAAACGUUGAGAACAAUUUUCCAGCAUCCAGAGCUCAGUAUCAGUACACCGUACAUUCAUUCAUUGGCACCAAGAAUAGUUGAAUUUUUAUAUAGCGAACAAAGUAAACAAGUGGAAAAUGAUUCUGAAUUAUCAUUUACAUUGGAAUGUAUUAUGUCAAUAGAAGGAUUGAUCGCACUUGCUGAACCUGCGAAUCGAGAAUUAAUGCAAGGUAUUCAAAUGCUGACUCUUCUGGUUCCAAUUCUGAUAAACUUUCUACUGGAAGGAGAUAAAUUGCAACAUGGAACUAAAUAUCAAAUAAGUCUUCAUCAACAGAGUUUUCAAUGGUUGAAUAAAAUUGGUCCAAAAUAUCCUCAGGAAUUUAAGACACUUAUGUCUCAAUCAACAGAAUUGAAAACUAAAUUGGAAAAUGCCGUGCGAUUGAGCCAUUUACAAGCACAGAUGCUUUCCAGAACAUCCGAACCAGUUAAACCUCAAUUCAAAGUACUUGCACCUUCUAUUAAAUUGAAAACUGAUUUCUCCAAUUUUAAUUGAAUUUGGAGAGUGAAGUUUCAACUAAAUGUAAAUUUCACCUUUCUAAAAUAGUUUUUAAUUGAAUAUGAUUUUUAAUAUUUAUAAAUGUAUAGAGGUUUUUUUUUCGCUCUCUACACAUGCCACUAACAAUUUCCAAAGUUUUUUUUUUUUUUUUUUUACUUGCUAACAACUAAUUUUCUUUUAUUUUUAAAUAACUUUCCAAUGCCUUUAUUUAUUUAUUUAUAAGAGAAUAUUCUUUUUUUUUAAAUCAAGUCUCCUUUGCAUUUAGAAUCAGUUUUUUUUAAAUAUAAGCAUUUAGUACUUAUCACAAAGCACAGUAUAUUAUUUAUCAUUAUCAUUGUUAAUCAAAAAUUUUAAUCGAAAAUUAAAUGUUAAAUUUUAUAAUAUUUGAUGGUAGAAAAAAAAAUAUUUCUAACAAUUUGUCAUUUAUUUUAAUAUUUUUUUAAUUCACUACUAAAAGACUUAUUUCAUUUUCAUUAUUUUCUUUUAACGUAAUACAUAAUUAAAAGUAAUAAUUUAUUGUUUACAUUUAAUAAUUUCUCGAGAAUGAAAUAAUUUAGAACUGAAAGGACAAAGUUAAAUUAUAUUUUUUAUACUUGAGGAUUGCACAAAACGAGACAUGAUAAAAAGUAUUUUUAAUUAUAUAUUUAUUUGGUGCCAUAAACAAAAGUGUAAUUUAGAAAAUGUAACAAGUUUUUCGAAAUUAUUUUCAAAUUAAUAUUUUGUUUUAAUAUCUUUUCUCAUUGUAUUCUUUAGCUUUUGCUUUUUUAAUUUUAGUAAAAAUGUGUUACUUUUCUUCUUUUUUUUACUGCUUUUCUGUUUAAUUUGACUUGAAUGCAAGAUAACUGAAUUUUUUUUAAAUAUUAUCUGAUUUUAAAUAUUGUCAGAAUUUUAAUUAGAAUUUUGAUUUUAAUUUUAAUUGAAAUUUAAUAUAAUUUAAAUCGAAUAUUAAUAUUUGAAUUGAAUUCAAAUGAUUGAUUUUAAAAUAAUAUGAUAGAAUAAUUGCACAUUCAAUGGUAAGAUAUAAUUAUCGUAUUUUAAAAAAAAAAUUGCGUAAAAUGAAAACUUUGUGUCAAUUGAAUGAGAUAAUUAUUUGAUUAUGUCAAUUAAUUUUCUUAAAUUGUGAAUUUACCUGAUCAACGACUUUUUGCCUUAGUGUAACUAAAAUAUUUCUUUAUUAUGAAUGUAAAUUAUUUUUCUUGUAUAUGUGAAACGUUAUUCAUGAAUGAAGUUAAAGACGAAAGACUGAAGUGAUAAAAAUUCAUGUACAUUAGAAUCAACAGGACAUUUACGUAGAAGUACAUUUAAAAUGGAAUUUUAUAAAAAAAAAAAAAAAGAAACAAUCAUUAUGAUGUUGCAAACUUAUAAAGAAAUAGAUUCUUAUUUUAUUGGAUUAUUUUAAAUAAUUGAAUAUAACAAAAAUUCACAAUUAUUUUAUUUAUUAAUAGUCAAUUAUGUAUUUGUUAUAAUUUUAAACAUUAUUAAUUAUUAUUAAUUAAUUUUGAUUAUUAAUUACAAAUUUUAAUUACUAAUUUUAAUUACGAAUUAAAAAAUGACUAAGUACUAAUUAAUGAUUAAUAAAUAAAAUUAAUUAUUAAUUAUUAUUGAAUUGAAAUAAAAAUUGAUUUUUAAAAAUUGAAAAUUAGGAAAAUUGUAUUACAGGGUAGAAAAUGUGUACGAUUUAUUGAAAGAAAGAAAAAUUAAUUAAAGUCCUUAAUUGUUUUGUCUGUAAUAAGAAUAUGUGAAAUUAGUUGGUAGAAAAUUCUUCCUGUCAUAAAUUUUAUAAAAUACAAUAUUACAGAAGCAGUUUCGAAAAAUUUAUUUCUUCUCUAACAUUUUUUGCUGUGAAAAUGUUGAAUCGGAAACUCUUCUGGAAUAUUGGAACCAAAAAAAAAAAAAUAAAAUAAUAGAAUACAAAA